AUGGCAACGGCAUGGCUGCUCCAGGCUCUGUGCACAACGGUUUUGAGCAAUGGAACUCAACAGGCAAGACAAGCGGGGACAAAUAACAUGUUCCUCUUGGCCAACACCACCUCUGGUAUACUGAGGGGGCAGCUUGUUUCUGGACCUUCAGUCCCGGUGGCAAGAUUCGCCGGCAUCCCCUACGUUAAACCUCCGACAGUCUUUGUUUCUGUUUCAGGACCCCUCCGCUUUAAGGCCCCUGUUGCUCCUGACUCAUGGACCGGUGCCAGAGACGCCCUGGUGUUUGGGAACGAGUGUCUGCAGGGAACGAUUCUUAACGAUCGUUUCCGUAACCCAAACGCUUCUCAAAGCGAGGACUGUCUCUACCUUAACGUGUACACACCGACACAGAGACCCAGCAAGGCUCCAUUGCCCGUCAUGGUGUUUAUCCACGGAGGAGGGUAUAUCAUUGGGUCAGGCGCAUCCUAUGAUGCUUCCUACCUCGCAGCUAAAGGGGUUGUCUUUGUGACCUUUGAGUACAGGCUUGAUCUUUUUGGAUUCUUGUCUACGGAGGAUGACACUCUGCCUGGAAACUAUGCGAUGUUGGAUCAGGUCGCUGCUCUGAAGUGGGUGAAAAAUAACAUUGCUUCUUUUGGAGGUGACCCAAAUAUGGUGACUAUUGUUGGACAAAGUGCUGGGUCAUCUUGUGUCUCUCUCCUCACCAUGUCACCGCUAGCCAAAGGUCUGUUCCAUAGGGCGAUCAUGGAAAGUGGUUCCGCCCUUUCGCCUUGGGCAAUCGAAUUUCCCGGAAAUCGAGUAACUUCUCGCAUUCUCGCCAGAUUGAUAAGCAAGGGCGUUAACUGCAACGACUUAAAUAAUUCAACUGCACUUUUGUCCUGCUUGCAACAAGCAGAUGCAAAUGCAUUGCUCAAGGCAUCCAUUGGAGUCACUGGAGCCUUAGAUGCAAAUCUGAUCCACGUUCCUAGAGUAGAAACAACUUUUGGUUUUCUGCCAGACAAGCCAUCUGCCUUGUUGUCAAGAGGACAAUUCAGCCACGUAGAUACUCUGAGGGGGUAUAAUAGUGAGGAAUUGGGAGCAUUCAUUCCGGCGUUCGCUGGAAGUAACCCAAAGCCAGUCACAUUGGAGGUGGCGAAACAGGUUUUGAGAUCUCGUCUAGUACAGUUUAACAAUCUCGACCAGGAAAAAUUGCAGAAGGUAAUGGAGACAACAUUUCUUAAAGAUAAGUCAAGCCCUGACGUUCUACGGAGAGAAGCUAUGGACGCCGGAGAUGUCUCUGCUUUUCAGGGUUCAACGGUAGUAGAAUUGGAAAAAGUUGUUAGCAAAGCCCCAGAAAAGAAGCAUUACUUGUACCUGUUCAACCACAGACCAAGUUACAGUAAAGCCCCGCAAUGGAUGUCAGCCCUACAUGGAGAUGAGUUGCAGUUCCUGUUUGAUGUGCGACAGCAAAUGUUCACCGACAAAGGCAAUGGUCCACCUAAUGCUGACGACAUUCAGGUAUCUCAACAAAUAAUGGAAAGGUGGACCAACUUUGCCAAGACAGGGAACCCAACGUCAACUGUUCCAAAAGGCGGAGCGACGUGGAACCAAUAUAGGUCAACAACACCUCACUACCUUCUCAUCAAUUCUGCUUCCCAGGAGAAAGUCUUGUCCCAAACUGAAAUGAUCGUUUUUUACCGCAAGUUUCUCGACUUUCUUGAAGGCCCCAGCUCGACUCCCAUUGUCCCUAUUGUUGGAUAGAUGCUGAGUAUGAAAAAUAUAUAUGGUGUCUUUUAGUGAACACCUCACUGUA